AACAUGUCUUCAUUUACCUUCUUCCUUGUGAUCGCGGGCUUCCUAGCUGUGGUACAGACUACAUACGGACAGUGUCUCGGUAACUAUCCAUUGAAUGGAUUUGGUAAUUACGAUAAUGGUUACGGUCGUCUUGGCUAUGGAUCUAACCUGGGCUAUGGUUUGCCUGGUGAAGCUAUCGGAGCGUAUGGUGGAGAAGGUAUUGGUGAUUUGGAUGUUGCCGGUGAGCUAGCGGUUGCGGGUACUACCGCUGUGGCUGGGCAGGUGCCAAUACUAGGCGCCGUGCAAUUCGGAGGUGAAGUGCCGGCCGCAGGCACGGUUACCAUUGCCGGUAGAUGUGGUUGCGAUUGCAAUGGUACUCCAAUGUUUUAA